AUGUCUUCCAUUGGAGGCGCCUGCAGUUCCGAAAGCAGUUUGGCGGAUAAAUUAGCAGUCAAGGCGCCGUUGUCUGCGGUCUCGCUCUCGUCCUCGGAGUCCUGUUGCACCUCGGUCUCCGCCUCAGCUUUGUUGGACAGACCCAGAACAGGGAGCGAGGCACUUUCAGGCAUGGAGUUGACGUCAUUUGGAGCAAUUCCACAAAGUUUUUCCAGCAUGGAAGCCACUGCUUUUGGCUCGUCAAAGGAUCUCAUGAUCUUUUCGUCUCCACCGGAGAUGAACCGGGAAUCUGUGAUCGGCUUGACACAGAUCAUGUCGUAA